CCGCCCUUCUCCCUCUCUCUCUCUUUCGCGUUUAGCUCACUCUACCAAAACAGUACGAACGAAUCGAAACUAGGGUUAGGGUUCCGGCGAUGGAUCCGACCCCGCCCACCCCUCGGUGGAACCACGAGCGCCCCUUCCUCACCGGUCGAUUCCACCAGGAGAUCCGAGCCCCGAAUCACACUUCGGGGGCCAAACCCUACGCAAUCGACUCCUUCAGUCGGGGCACCGGAAAUGUCGUUGGAUCGUACCCCGUCUCCGUUCAGGAGCUUUUGGUGAUCGAGGACUUGUUGUCGGCACUGGUGGGCAUCGAGGGGCGGUACAUUUCGAUUAAGAGAGUGCGGGGGAAGGACGGGCAUGUGGUGUUUCAGAUCGAUCCGUCUAUGGACCUCGCCUUGCAGGAAUUGACACAGCGGAUCUUCCCUCUGUGUGAGGACUUUGUGCUCGUUAGUCAGUUUGUGGAGUCCAAGUCACAUUUCAAGAAUGGCCUGGUCAACCAUGCUUUCGCCGCUGCUCUAAAUGCAUUCCUAAUAGAUUACCAGGCAAUGGUUGCCCAGCUAGAGCAUCAAUUCCGUAUUGGAAGACUUUCGGUUCAAGGGUUGUGGUUCUACUGUCAGCCAAUGAUGGGAUUACUGCAUGCUUUGGCAAUUGUCGUUGAGAAGGCUUCCUCUAACAAUUUCUCAGGCUCUGCGACUCUUAACCUUCUGCAAAGCCAGGCCAAGGCUAUGGCGGGAGAUAAUGCAGUUCGGUCAUUGCUUGAGAAGAUGACAGAACAUGCAAGUACUGCUUACCUAGCCAUAUUGGAGAGAUGGGUAUAUGAGGGCGUUAUUGAUGACCCAUAUGGUGAAUUUUUCAUUGCUGAAAACAAAUCACUUAAGAAGGAGAGCCUCACACAAGAUUAUGAUGCGAAGUAUUGGCAACAGCGGUACAGCCUAAAAGAAGGCAUUCCUAGCUUCCUUACAGGUGUUGCAGGGACAAUUUUGACUACUGGAAAGUACUUGAAUGUAAUGAGAGAAUGUGGGCACAGUGUUCAGGCUCCAUUACCUGAAAACUCAAAAUUGAUGAGCUUUGGAUCAAAUCAUCACUAUCUUGAGUGCAUCAAAGCUGCUUAUGACUUCGCGAGCAGUAUGCUUUUGAGUCUUAUUAAAGAUAAGUAUGACCUUGUCGGAAAAUUGCGAUCUAUGAAGCGCUAUUUUCUUCUGGACCAGGGUGACUUUUUGGUUCACUUUAUGGACAUUGCUCGAGAUGAGCUCACCAAGAGGCCUGAAGAAAUAUCAGUCGAGAAACUGCAGUCUCUACUUGACCUUGCACUGCGCACUACAGCUGCUGCAGCUGAUCCAUGUCAUGAAGACUUGACUUGUUGUGUGGAGAAAACUUCAUUGCUGAAGAGACUAAUCAAUCUCAAAGAUCUGGAAGGAGUCGCUGAUAAUACUGAUGAGCCUGAGCCAAUACAGAUUACCGGCUUGGAAACAUUCUGCCUGAGUUAUAAGGUUCAAUGGCCAUUAUCACUUGUUAUUUCGCGGAAGGCUUUAACAAAAUAUCAAUUGAUUUUCCGGCUACUGUUUCAUUGCAAGCAUGUCAGCCGCCAACUUUGCAUGGCGUGGCAAGCACAUCAGGGAUUUCGUUCCUUCAGCAUGUUGGGAACACCAAUAUUGCGAUCUUCCAUUCUCUGUCGCAGCAUGCUUAAGUUUAUAAACAGCCUUUUACAUUAUCUAACUUUUGAGGUGCUUGAGCCAAACUGGCAUUUGAUGUGUAAUCGCCUUCAAAGUGCAAUAAGCAUAGAUGAGGUCAUCCAAUUCCAUGAUUUCUUCCUCCAAAAAUGUCUGAAAGAAUGUUUGCUCCUUUCUCCUCAGCUUCUCAAGAAAAUCGAGAAGCUGAAAUCCAUAUGCCUUCAAUAUUCGGCUUCCAUUCAAUUGUUGAUACCAUCUAUCUAUGUCCCUGACCCGGAUAGUGCAUUUGAUGCUGCUACUACUGGAACGCUAAAGUCUAAAUCAAAGAGAUCUUCGUUUAGAGGCGAGCAGCUAAAGUUAGCAUCUCAGAAUAUCAUAAUCUCCGACUCUAUCAUGAAAUUUGAGAAGGAAUUUAAUGCCGAGCUUCAGAGUCUCGCUCCCAUUUUGAGCAACAGCUCGCAGGCAGAGCCGUAUCUGACACAUCUCGCCCAGUGCAUUCUUGCUGUAGGAACCGAUCAGUGAGCUCGCUAGUGAUUUUGCAGUGUGCCGUUGUUUGGCGUUCUUGCUCACAUUUCUUCGGCUGGCUCAAAAGGGUAAGAAACAUUUCAAAUGUGAUUGUAUUUGCUUGUGUUGAUUGAGCCAGUCGUUUUAUUCCCCCGUCUCGUCGAGGAUCGUGAGCUGGUAAUGAGCUCAGUGCAGUUAAACCGGUUCCAAAUUGCUCCUGAAUUGCCUUUCAACAGAGUGAACUUUUUACUUGUUUGUACCACCGAGCGGGCACUCGUGUUUUUAUAUGUUGGGGACAACUGCUGAAGUUUGUAGAGAGUAUAUGUAUGCAUAUGUAUAUAUUAAUUUUGGAGAUGAUAGUAUUUAUUACACACGUUGUUCUUGGAUUGUGCCA